GUCUGGGCGGAGGCCGGUUGGGUCCUGCGAUCGGAUUGGCGCUUGAUCGAUCCCUACGGCUCCGUGCGGGCCAACAUGCUCAUCCUGAUCAAGGAGUCUACUAUCGACUGGUGCUCCCUGAAGGCCCACACCCGGAAGCAGCUGACCACGCUCGGCCGCAUCGACGUUGCCACCACGCUUGCCUACCCCAUGGAGCUGGGCGACGUGGCCCGCGGGCGCCCGAUGGCGGUCUUGACGGGCCUGGUCUACACCAACGCUGACUUCGCCCGGGUACAUCAGAUCUCCCUGCACGACGACCUCCGGUCCUCCGUGCCGGAGCUGCUGGCGCCUGCUGUGCCGGACCUGCCGCUUGUCACUUUCGGCCUGUCCCAGCUCCUCCCUGGCGAACGGGCUUUUUGGACACAUCUGGAAGGGACGCCUGUCCAGCCGCUGCCCCUGUGGGCCACGCUGCCAAUCAGAGGCGAAACGUAUGACUUCCAGGACUUCUUCUCGGAUGGCUCGGCUGACCCAACAGAUGACCCCCGCUGGAGGGUCGCUGGGUCUGGUGUCGUGUGGCGACAGGCAAGCCCGUCUGGCGCAACCCAAUGGAGACGGUACGCCACCCCGCUGCCGGGCCUGGUGCAGACCAUCACGAGGGCGGAGCUUCUCCCCCUGGUCCUCUUGGUUGAGAAUGUCGUACAGCCCCUCCGUGUCUUCAUUGACAACAAGAGCGUCGUCUCGGAGGCCAUCCUCCUGAUCUCUGCAGGUGGCCGUGGCCUUCCUUGGCCGUAUGCCACCCGUCCGAAUGGUGGCUUGUGUAAGCGGUUUGACGCAGCCCUCCGGGCGCGCCCCGGCCGCGCCGUGGUCGUGCAGAAGGCGAAGGGCCACGUUGACCCGUCCGAGGUGCAGAGCUCAUUCGAGCAUCCCAUGGUGUGGGGCUGGACUUUCUCCUGGUCCAACGUGAACGCUACCCUGCCAGCUGGGUUGACGCACGCGCAGCUCCCCCACGGCCGGGUAUUUUACGAUCGUCUGCUGAAGUGGUGGGGCACCUUGGCCUGGCCGGCCCCGUGCAACUCGCCUCCCGACCCUGGCUUCGGGCAGGUCAGCUGCGUCGAACUAGCGGUGCUUUUCGAGCUUGAGACCCACACGCGGCUCCCGGUCCUGGUGGACCGCAAGUGGCACUUGCCCGACUUGGCCCCGUCCGUCAACGUUGCCCAGCAGACCCUCAAGCAGAAGAGCAUGCUUUUCCAGGCCGCGCUGUGCAUCCUGCAGAAGUAUGCAGUUGGUUUUUUGGCGCCGCCCCGGUGCUUUUCGACCGCAUGGCGAAUGCACGGCUGCACGCAGAAGGACACGUCGCAUUCUCUCGCCAUGCGCCCGCGCAUGCGCUGUCCUGCCAUGGUGCACCAGUUGGAGCAAUUCUUUCGCAUUCCAUCAGUGCGCCGAGCGCGUUCGCAGAUGGAUCAGCCCUUCGCGGCAGUCUUCGGAGGAGCGCCAGCUGUGGACGUCCUUGACCACGCGCAUGCGGGCGAUGCGCUGUCUGUGAUCCUCGAUCUCGGCACAGACCCGCCCACUGACGCAGUCACACUUGCGAGGCUUCACGUUGAGAGCAGGCGUGAGGGCGCUGAGCAGCACUCCGUUGCGAACAAGGCCCGCGCGCGCCGCGACGGCCGCGGCCUCGUGCUCUCCGACGCCGGCCACGUGUCGUAUAC